AUGUCGAAGCUACAGAAUUCUCUGGCUGGCCCAGGGUAUGUGAUUCUCAACGCCAUUCGCGCGUUGAAUAUCAUCACCUUCCUCGACAUCAUUGCAUCCUGCGUAGUCAUGUUGAUCAAGAUCGACAACUACAAUGGGUUCUUCUUCUUCCAAGCAGUGACCCACGCCAUCAUGGCCCUGAUCAGCAUCGCUCUCAUUGUAUCGGAAUUGCCUGUCCUUCGGCGCUACGUCAAUCGCCACUGGCCCAUGUUUGGGGAGGACGCAGGAUUCUUUGCCCUGGCGGUAAUCAUGAUGAUCCUUGGCGUUGCCGUACUGGGUUGCCUGAACACAAAAGCCAUGUCUCAAGAAAUCAUCAUCUCGGCCGGGAUUCUCGCCAUGGUCGUCAGUCUCGUCAACGUUUUGGCGACCAUCAUCUUCACCGAUCGUGCUCAGAGCGUCAGUGCCCGCCAUGUCCGCCAAUAUGGAGCGGUGGCUUCACAGAAGGUUGUGGUGAGUCGCGCCAGCAGCCGAUCUCUCUCGUCCGGGCUAAACUCGAAGCGUGAAGAAGAUUCACUCCCGAGCUAUUCCCCCGAGUCGGUCUCGAAACGUUUCUCGAAACCUAUCACUGGUCGCUUCCCGGUAAAGAUCUCGGGUCCCAUGAAUCCCACCAACAAUGGAAAAAGCCUGCAGGCGCCAUCGGUUAACGACGCUGCAUCGUCAAGAUACUCGCGUGACUCUGCGGGAGUUACUCUUCCUGACUUGGCGCAUCAUCCUGCUUAUCAGUCAAGCAUUUCACACACUUCUUCGCGGUCCGGUCUCGAUGGAAUAGAGACUGGUCUCUAUGCUAGCUUCAUCAUGGCUGGUUUCGGAAUCUCAUGGGAGACCAUCAAAUCUCUCCUUAUCUUCUUUGGACCGAUCCUCAUCCCUCGUCUGAUCACAGCCUACCGCGGCUUGCGAGUCUCUAUUGCAAGCCGACCUGCAGCGCAACCGACUCCUGCUGGAGCGAGCCGUGCACUGAACGUGCUCUUCGCUAGCGUCGCGUUCUUCCUCGUCCUCAGCCUUCCUUUCAACCCCCAUGCUCCCGAAGCCAAUGUCUUUACUCUCACUCGAUCUCGAAUCAACACUCCCAGCGAUGUGCUCUUCCAUCGACUCUCACGACUCCGGGUCGACAAUCUCCUGACAGACACCGAUGUCCGGUUACGCGAAAAGCUCACCUCCCUCGGCGCUCGCAAGGUCUACCUCGCCUAUGGUCCCGACGCAUUGAUCUCCUGCCAAUACUGCUCCUACGAAAACCUCGACACUUACUUCCUUUACUACCUCCCCUUCCACAUCCUCCUCCCGCACCUAGUUCACCUCGCCAUCCUGGGCCUAGCCACAUCCGCCCCCUUCGCCGGGCGCGAAUCCGCCCGCUGGCGCACCAAAUUCACUUUCGCCGGAUUGGCGCUGGCCGCCCUGGACGUGUGGAUCGUCUACUCGUAUGACGCAGUCAACUCGGCCUCGCCCGCCGUCCGAGCCGGUCAAACACCCCCCGUCGGCCUGUAUAACACGAUCACCCUCCUCCGACCACUGGCAUUGACCAUUUUCGACACCCUCUGCGCCCUGAUCAUCUACCUCUCUUCGACCAACCGCUUCUUCUUCAAGCCUCCGUCCCAGAAGGACCAGGUGGACCAGGCCGUGUCGGCGGCCUUGACCCUGUUGACCGGUGCCAAUAACAAGCUCCAUGCGGCGAGCGUGGCUCGCAACGCGGUCGUCCGAGACAAGACGCUCAAGGCGCGCGAUGACGUCUACUGGCGGACGAUGGUGGCCGUGGAAACCCCGACUCGGGGCCCCGGAGCGGCCGAGCAGAUCGAUGGCGUGGAUCGAGUGGACGUGGUGAACAAUAUUUGGCAGGAGGAGGAAGUCGCUCGAGCCAUGUCGCGGGCGCUGGCCGGGCAAGGAGGGAUUGAUUUGGCGCAAUUGGGGACGAGUGCGCACGAUUUUGUGCGUAGUGUGACCGAGGGGAUGGAUUGA